AUGCCUGGUCACCCGCGUCUGCCGCCUUUCACAGCCUGUCGCGGUGUGACUCUGCUGUGCCCACCAUCACACUUGCUCCCGGAGCUGUCUCCGGCCAAACCGUGCUGUGCUCUUCUCAAGCAGCGGACUACAAACCGGUCACUGGCCGGCCCGUACCCCGGAGCAGCCAGCCAGCUAUCACUUUAUACAGAGAGACAGGUCCUGGCAGAAUUUAACCAGAUCACCAGCUCCAAACUGGGCAAUGAUUUCGUUGAAGCAUUGGAUUGCCUAACGACACAGUUCAUCAAGCUCUUUAAGGCCAAAAGGGGGUCUGCUGGCGCUAAGCUUUCCAAGAUGGUCCGGCACCUCGAUUCCUGUCAGAGGAGAUGGAGAAAGGAGAAAGGUACACAUCAAAAGAGAUGGUGGAACUGCAGGAAAACCCUGGUGACCGAGAGAUCCUUAAAGAUUAUAAUUCUGUUAUACUAA